AUGUCUCAGUGUCAGGAGCGAAAGUAUGUGAGGAGUAAAGCCCAAGCUUUGGCGGCAUCUGCAUUCCAAGCUUCUGCCUUGAGGCAAGCAGGCUGCACCAUCGUGCAGGCGACUCGGGCAGAGGAGUUGAUGGAGCUGGCCAUUGAGGCUCCUGAUGUGAAGCCUCCAAAGCGGAGUCGAGCUCGCUACUUCUACUGUGCUGCAGGCAUCAUUGUGUUUGUCAUUCUUCUGCUCGUGGCAGUUGUCGUUCUGGAGGUGUCGCAAGCAUCUCAAGGUUGGGAGGUGGGAACAUGCAGCAUGACGCUUUUCCACAACCAGACCUGCUUUCAGGCCUUCGCUAUGCACGUUGUGUAUUCUUUGACAGUCAGCUUAACCGAGAUUUCCUGCAUCUCUCUGUUCGGCUUAAGGUUCAGAGAUGUGAUCAUACUCAUUUACUCGCCUUGCAUUUACGGGUCCAUGAUUUCUUUUGUUUCUGCCUGCUGA